AUGGAACUGAUGUUAAUGCUGUUGGUAUCCAAGGGAACACGGGGUGGCGAUGUUGCCCUAGAGUGGUCCUCUGCUAAGAACAUACGAGCACGAGUUGAGAUUGUUCGUGCUUCACACGAAGCCGCUGGGGACAAGGACACUUUGAUGGAACAACUCAAUGCACAGGGUACAACAUGGCAGCGAAUGAUGAUGGAUAAAAGGCGUGCAUGGCAAGAUACGGAGGAAAGGAUCAGAACACCGUCUAGUCGUCGUGGUCGUGGUCAACCACAACGUGGUGGGCAAUCAUUCUCAACUGCCCCUAUCGAGGCAGAAGACCCUGUUAUACUGGGAUGCUGGCUACUUCAGGUGGAAUAG